GUGUCUUGACAGCUCCCGGUGCUGGCUGCUCAUUAUCGGACUUGGUGCACCGCAAUUAAAUUUGAACAAUUAAAGGACGCGCGGAGAAGAUCGAAUCAGGACGUUUUCUUUCGAGCGGCCGAUAUCUCUUGAUGCCUCCAAAUAAAUCGCAUGGGAGAGUGAGGAAACCCCCGUGCUCUUAUUUGAAUCAUGACGUUAAGUUUUUCGUCCUUCUCCAUCAAAGACAUCCUCACCGGACGUGAUGCCCAUGGGAAGUCCGGUGGCAACGCUGCAGAUGAGCUCUGCGCGCAAAAGCGCAAAAUCUACCCCGGCUACGUCGGUACGAGAGAUCACGAUGUGACUCAACAAGACGAGGAUGACAACGGCGUCCGAAGACGGGAGAGAUUUUCUCCUGAAGUGAGCGCUGGAAACCUCCGAUCUGAUACCAGCAGCGAGGAGGCCACAGGAGAGGAGACCGAGGACGGAGAAGCUGUUGCAGAGCAGCAAGCACAGGGCGCGCAGAGGGAUAAGCGGCAGCAGAACCAGGGGGAAUCAGAGGAGGACGGAUGUCACCACAUCGGGGACGCGUUCAGCUGUUCACCGGAUGAGCAGCAGUGCAGGCCCGGCACGAAGAAGCGCUCCAGGGCGGCCUUCUCUCACGCGCAAGUCCACGAGCUGGAGCGUCGCUUCAGCGCCCAGCGGUACCUCUCUGGUCCCGAACGAGCCGACCUGGCUGGAGCCCUGAAACUCACAGAGACCCAAGUGAAAAUCUGGUUCCAAAACCGGAGAUAUAAAACCAAACGGCGCCAGAUGGCGGCUGAGCUGGUUGCAUGCAGCUCACCAAAGAAAGUGGCAGUAAAAGUGCUGGUAAGGGACGAUCAAACGCAGUACAGCCAAGGGAAUGGAGUACACGUGCCCACGACUGUGCCACAGUACCAUGGCUACCAGUACUACCCCUACCUGCACUACUACUACCAGCCUUGGAGCAUGGACAGCAGGUCAUAUGGAUGGAUGCUCUAAAUCUUUUAUUUUUUAUUUUAUUUUAUUUUUUAUUUUUUUGGUGCAUUCAACCACCAAAGUGUCACUUCAAACUCAAGGUAUCUGCUCUCUCAAGAUUUACUGUUCAGUCAAGAGGACUGUGCUCCCAACUGUUCCUUUUUUUGUACAAAAGAAAGAAAAAAAACAAUCUAUCCAUGACACAUUUCUUAUGUUGUCCCGGAAAGAACAAUGUUCAGCUAUUGUUUAUCUUAUAAUCACAAUUCAGUUAUUGAUUUGAUUUUGUUCUGAUUUUUAAAGAAAAAAAAAAACAUUACCUUGCAAGAGACUCUUGGAUUGACAAAGAAUAUUAUCUUAUUUUGAAGUUGUUGGAUACAAGGAAAAUAAAAUGCAAAAUGUUUUACAAGUUACCUUGCAGUUAAAAUUCAUGUGGGCAUGUGAGUGUGUAUGUUUUAUU